AUGUCGGCUCACGCAGUCAAGCGGCGGAAAUUGAGUCCUCCGCCGACAGAAGGUUCCUCUGCGAGCCAGGCUCGAGCCUUUACCAGCGCAGCGACGAACAACGUGAAUGAAUCUAGCGCGAACACUGACACUGGCCCUGUACGAAGGAAUGAUCACUCUGCUAAGCCCGGCUCGACACAGAGAGCCAAGGAUGAACGCACUGCAGAGCUGGCCAUGGCCAGUGGCUUCUACAAGUCCGGCUUCUUCAAGUUGCAGUUGGACGAAUUGGUGAGCGGAUUGAAAAUCAACUACGAGAAGCGCAUCGCCAAGGUCCAGGACACUUUGCACAAGGUCAAAAGUGCAAUUGAGGGCCUGUCUGAGAUUGCGCCAAAAUCAAUUGCGGAGGCCGAGAAAGAUCUUCGCACGACAUCCGGAAUCGUGGUGCCUUGGCCCGAACCACGCCCAAGCAAGGAUGUGAAAUAUACCGUCUCAUAUGCGAAGCCGUCGAAUAUCAACGUGGUGGGUAGCGUUGGACUCAGGACUGGAGCCAAGACUGCGGAAGCUCGUCCUGUGGACUUGGCUGUGACAAUGCCUACCUCGAUUUUCCAGGAGAAGGACUAUGUCAAUUACCGCUACUUCCACAAGAGAGCGUAUUACAUUGCUUGCAUCGCUGCCGGCAUUCAAGAAACAGCCAGCGAUCUUGGUCUUGAAGUCAAGUUCAAUUUCCAAGAUGGAGACAGUCUUCGGCCACUCAUUGUGCUGGAGCCUCGCACCUCAAAGGACGAUAAGGCGCCCUCACACCCGCAGAUUCGUAUCAUGACUGCGUUUGACCCUCAUUUCUUCCCUGUCAAGCAAACUUUACCCAUGAAGAACAAUGUCAGACAGGGACCCUCGGCCGAUUCCAAAGAGAGCGGCGAGCCGACACCAUACUAUAAUGCUAGUCUUCGAUCCGAAGCAACCGUAUCUCUCUAUCACAAAUACCUCUACUCCGCUGCUCAGAAGUCCGAAUCCUUCCGCGACGCCUGCAUUCUUGGACGAACGUGGUUGCAGCAACGUGGGUUCAGCACAUCUUUCCAGAAGGGAGGAUUUGGGGGCUUUGAAUGGUGCGCUUUGAUCUCGCUUCUCUUUGAAGGUGGUGGUCCGACGGGGCAGCCUAUCCUUCUCCGAUCCUACAGCAGCUAUCAGAUUUUCAAGGCCACAUUGCAGUUCCUGGCCGGCCGUGACUUGACCACUCCUCUGAUUCUCUUUGCCUCUGACGUGCCUGUCCCUGAUGGCGGUCCCGUCUUGUUUGAUGGCCGGAGAGGGCUUAAUCUUCUCUACAAGAUGACCCCGUGGUCGUACGCAGUCCUCCGUCAGGAGGCCACUGUGACUUUGAAGAUGCUGAACGAAUCCCGGGAAGACAAUUUUGACAAGGUGUUCAUCGUCAAAGUCGACGAGCCAGCCUUGAGAUUCGACCGUCUGUUGACCUUCCCCAAGUCGUUCAGUGGUGACACUCUUCGAUCCCUGCACGAUCAAAAGACUUUGCAUCAAGUGCUGUCCCGCGCUCUCGGAGAUCGGAUCAACCUCAUCUCUCUUACCAGUCGCUCGGCUGAUGCGUGGCCGGUCAAAUCUAAGGCUCCCAACAAAAAGGCUUGCCAUGAUCUGACCGUGGGUCUCAUGCUGAACGGCGAAAAUGUUGGACGGACGGUUGACCACGGACCAGCCGCAGAGGAAAAGGAGGAGGCUGCUUCUUUCCGAGCUUUUUGGGGAGAAAAGGCUGAGCUGCGUCGGUUCAAAGAUGGAAGUAUCGUGGAGAGUUUAGUUUGGUCGGAUCAAUCCGACGAGGAUUCUAUCGUACAUCAGAUCCUGGCUCACAUCCUUCAGCGGCAUUUCAAGAUCGAGGAGGACGAUUUCUUCCUGCACGGCGAUGAAUAUGACGAUAUGCUUUACGAUGAGGGCGACGAGGUCAUUGCGUACUCAAGUGCCCCGUUCAAGUCCAUCAACGAGGCAUUCGGUGAGCUGGAGCAGUCACUGCGAAGCAUGGAGGAUGUUCCCCUGUCGAUUCGCCAUGUGGCUCCCGCCAGCGCAUUGCUCCGUUACACGGCCUUGCGCAUUCAAGGCUCCAGUGGAGACAAUGAACCGGCCGAUGUUGUUCUCCAAUUCGAAAGCUCCUCGCGCUGGCCUGACGACUUUGCUGCCAUUCAAAUGACAAAAGCUGCUUUCCUCAUCAAGAUCGGAGACUCGCUGCAAGAAGCUGGUGCAGCCUCCUUCUGUCGCGUAGGCAUGGAAAAUGAGUCCAGCAAGGUCCUCAACACAUUCUACCUGGAUAUUUCACACACCUCUGGGUUCACCUUCCGCCUUCGAAUUCAUCACGACCGCGAACAGACUCUUCUGGAGCGUCAGCUCAAGAACAAGACUAUUAGUCCUCGAGAACGGGAAGAGGCCGCAUUCGCGCUCUUCUCAUACAAGAAGACCUUUGUCCAACAGCCACGCUUGACACAAGCACUCCGAAGCCUGUGCACUCGUCUGCCCCUACUCUCACCAACUAUCCGCUUGGUCAAGUACUGGUUCACCUCGCAUCUCUUCUCCGCUCAGAUCAGCGAAGAACUUAUUGAGCUCCUGACCACGCGCGUUUUCACUCAGCCCUACCCUUGGGAAUGUCCCUCCAGCAUUAUGACCGGAUUCCUGCGAACGAUCUAUUUCCUGUCCCGCUGGGACUGGCAGCAAGAACCCUUCAUCGUCGACCUGAGCGGUGACCUGAACCCCGAACUUACCGAAACCAUCAAAACUCGAUAUACCGCAUGGCGGAACAUCGACCCGGGAAUGAACACUAUCGCCCUUUUCGUGGCGUCAGACCUCGACCCCGAGGGCGUGACAUGGACCCAGUAUGAGUCGCCCUCCAAGGUCGUCGCCGGUCGAAUGACCGCCUUGGCCAAGGCAGCCGUGAACCUGCUACGCAAGGAGCACGACGAACUAGAUAUCGCUGACCUCUUCCGCACAUCUCUUGCUCCAUACGACUUUGUGCUCUAUCUUCGUCCAAAGCUCCUCGAUGGUGGCGCCAAUGCAUCAUCUUCUUCGUCCAAAUACAAGAAUCUCGCCGAGGCCAAUAGUCAGAGCCGUGCAGAAAAACUGGCCAUUAUCAAGUCAUUUGUGCGGGACGUGCAAGCUUGCUAUCACCAGAGCAUGCUCUUGUUCCAUGGCGAUGAACGCUGUGGGGUUGUCACCGGCUUGUGGAAUCCUCAGAUGCUGAAACCUCGAGCCUGGAAUCUAAAGACCGCUUACUCAACCGCUCCAGCACCCUCUUCCGAGUCUGAGAAGCAGGACAGCGUGGUCAUUAACCGUUCUGCCAUUCUGAAUGAAAUCUCUCGACUUGGCGAGGGAGUCAUUGAGAGGAUCGAGGUAUCUGAUGGCAAGCUAUGA